GUCGCCGCUUAAGAGAAUUGCGCUUAAUAGAAUACGCCGGUUAAAUGAAUCAAAAAUCCUAACAAUGAUUUUCCCGUAUCCUUAUACAUGUAAAAUUCACCGCUUAAGUGAAUAAACUUUUCGCUUAAUAGAAUCAAAUUUAGUUUGAAGACGAUGUUUACAUUCAAUGUUGUUGUCGAUUAAAUACAAGUUUCAUUGUCAGUACUUUCUCAUAGCACCGUCGGUAUUACAUGCUCAUAAUAAUUAAUUGUGUUAGUGAUACAAGUAUGAAAAAAUCAUCAGCUAUAGUUCAUAGAAAAGGCUUAAGUGUCCUUGAAAAAAAGGAGCUACUAAAAAAAUAUGAUUUGUUGCCAAAUUUAUCACAAAGUGAUGCAGCGCUGUUAUUAAACAUAUCACAAGCUACUCUUAGUAGAUUAUUAUUAAAUCGUUACGAGAUAGAAAGUACCUCUUGCUCUCACGAAAAUCUCAGCCGCAAGAGAAAACGAUGCGGCAAAGACGAAGACGUAGAAAAAACGUUGAAGAAAUGGUUUGUGGAAGUGAGAGAAAAAGGCGCUCCAAUUAAUGGCCCGUUACUUAAAGCAAAAGCUGAAGAUUUGUCAAAGAAAUUAGGCAAAGAAAAUUUCAAGGCCACUGACGGUUGGCUCUCACGUUGGAGAGGCCGAGAAAAUAUUGUGUAUCGCAAGCCACAUGGUGAACAAGCCGAAGCUGAUUUUACAAGUGCAAAUGAGUGGUUUAUACAAGAAUGGCCAGAAAUAUCUAAAAAUUAUUCGCCAAGCGAUAUAUUUAAUGCUGACGAAACGGGUUUAUACUACCGAGCAUUACCAGAGCAUACAUAUGCUCUAAAAUCAGAAAAUACGAAAGGCUUCAAAACAAGUAAGGAGCGUAUAACGUUGUUAUGCUGUGCCAGUAUGGCAGGUGAAAAAAAAGACCUGUUUGUUAUUGGAAAAUUUAAGAAUCCACAAUGCUUCAAAGAUGUGACUCAAUUGCCUAUUGCUUACACGGCCAACAGAAACGCGUGGAUGACAAGAGACAUUUUUUCUGAUUGGCUACGAAAUUGGGAUAGACAAUUAAAACGCAAAAUUUUAUUAACCAUUGAUAAUUGCGGUGCACAUUCAAACUUAGAGCCUAUGAAAAAUAUUACAGUGGUUUAUUUACCUGCCAACACGACGUCUCUGAUACAGCCUUGCGAUCAAGGUAUAAUUCGUACAUUAAAAGCGUACUAUCGAAGAACAAUGAGGGAACGGAUUAUACAAAUAUUAGAUAAUCAACAAAAUGUCAAAGCCAAUGACAUUGCCAAGAAGACCUCUCUGCUUGAUGCGCUACAUCAGAUCAAAGAAGCUUGGUCUUAUGUAUCUAGCGAAACGAUAAAAAAUUGUUUUAGAAAGGCUGGGUUUGUUAACGGAACUAAUGAAAUAUGUAAUAUUUCGAGCAACGUUAGCUUGAACGAAAUUUAUCCGGAAGAUAUGACACAUGAGGUUUUUGACGAGUGGAUAGAUAUUGACGAAUGUCUAGAAACCUCUGGAAAGCCAACAGAUGAUGACAUAUGCCAAAAAUUGGACACAGAUGAAUCAGAAAUUGAAGAGGAAGAUGAUAGUAUAGAACCCGCACCUAAUAAUCUAGAAAUGUUUAACGCAUUACAAGUCUUGAGACGAGGAGUUCAACAUCGUUCGAAAUCCUUUGAAGAGUACUACAAAUUUGAAAAAUUUAUUUUCAAAAUAAUUGACCAAAAGAAAAAACAAACCAAGAUAAAUGACUAUUUUACUAAA